AGUGUGGAAAGCAAGAAAUUAGCGUGUUCAUUUCAUUCAUUCAUUCAAUUCAACUUUCUGAUGACGUUAACGAUAGUACUGUUCAUAGGACUAAGAUAAAAAUAAAAAUUAUUUUAUGUUACGUAAUAUUCCUAAAAAAAAAAAAAAGAAAUAUUAGUAUUAGGAACUCAGCGAAACUCGGUUUGGGAGAAGAAAAAUAAAAGAAAAUAAGAAUAAGAAUGGAGGGGUUGAUGUCUCAUUCUUCAAAUUUUCUUCUUCCUCCUUCGGAUAAUAAUUCCUCUGUUUCUCUUAAAUACGCUCUCGUUAUUCUAAAUCAAAACCUCCCCAAAUUCACUCCUCUGCUUUGGGACCAUGCACAUAUACGAGUCUGCGCUGAUGGUGGUGCCAACCGCGUGUUUGAUGAAAUGCCUCUUUGCUUCCCUAAACUUAAUCCUUCCAAUGUUCGCACCAGGUACAAGCCUGAUGCAAUCAAAGGUGACAUGGAUUCAAUUAGGACAGAAGUACGUGAUUUCUAUGCAAAGCUGGGAACGAAGAUAAUUGACGAGUCUGAAGAUCAGGACACCACGGAUUUACACAAAUGUGUUGCAUACAUACGUGACCUUACACCAGAUACUGAUAAAUCAGAAUUGUGCAUUCUUGCUGUUGGAGCACUUGGUGGGAGAUUUGAUCACGAGAUGGGAAAUAUUAAUGUGUUGUGUCGAUUCUCCAACACACGUGUUAUCCUUCUAUCCGACGAUUGCCUCAUUCACCUUCUUCCAAAGAAUCACUCGCACAAGAUCUUCAUUCAAUCUUCUGUCGAGGGUCCACAUUGUGGACUCGUUCCCAUCGGGAUGCCAUCUGGAAGUUCUACAACCACAGGACUAAAGUGGGACCUCAAUGAAACGGAGAUGAGAUUUGGUGGUUUAGUAAGCACAUCAAAUAUCAUAAAAGGAGAUAUAGUAACAGUACAGUCUGAUUCAGAUCUUCUCUGGACAAUUUCUAUCAAGAAGCUCUAGGUUUUACAUGUUGCAUACUGCACAGACUUUGACAUCUUCCAUGUCUAUUUCGAUGGGUCUUAUUCCAUUGAAUGGCCAGACUUUCUUCUGACCAUUUUUUUAUUAGAUCGGCUGACCUUUGUUUAUGUUUCUUUUUCUUUUCAUUUACUGUGCAAAUUAUGGGAGGGUUGAAAGGGGAUUAUUCAUUGAUUUGGGAAAUUAUAUUCCUAAUAACCAAUAAAUCAUGGAAGUUCAGGUAACAAAGAAGCUACUUAUAUUCCUUGACUCA